GUCUCUAGCCGGCUGGGCGCGGGCGACUACUGGCGAGGCGCGUGGAAGCCCGCGCCGGUUCCCCUUGGUCUCCGCACCUCCCGGGUCACUACGGAGUUCACUGACGCCGGGUGAACUGAGUCUGCCGCCAAGAUGCCGGCCUACUUCCAGAGGCCGGAAAAUGCCCUCAAACGCGCUAACGAGUUUCUUGAAGUUGGCAAAAAGCAGCCUGCUUUGGAUGUCCUUUAUGAUGUUAUGAAAAGUAAGAAACACCGAACAUGGCAAAAGAUACACGAACCUAUUAUGUUGAAAUACUUGGAGCUUUGUGUGGAUCUUCGCAAGAGCCACCUGGCAAAGGAAGGGUUAUACCAGUAUAAGAAUAUUUGUCAGCAGGUAAACAUCAAAUCUCUAGAGGAUGUUGUUAGGGCAUAUUUGAAAUUGGCAGAAGAAAAAACUGAAGCUGCAAAAGAAGAAUCCCAGCAGAUGGUUUUAGAUAUAGAAGAUCUGGAUAAUAUUCAAACUCCUGAGAGUGUUCUCCUGAGUGCUGUAAGUGGGGAAGACACUCAGGAUCGAACCGACAGACUGCUUUUAACUCCCUGGGUUAAGUUCCUGUGGGAGUCCUACAGGCAGUGUUUGGACCUUCUGCGGAACAAUUCUAGAGUGGAGCGCCUCUACCAUGAUAUCGCCCAGCAAGCUUUCAAAUUCUGCCUCCAAUACACUCGUAAGGCUGAGUUCCGAAAGCUGUGUGACAAUUUGAGGAUGCACUUGUCGCAGAUUCAACGCCACCAUAACCAGAGUACAGCCAUUAAUCUCAACAACCCUGAGAGCCAGUCCAUGCAUCUGGAAACCAGACUUGUUCAGUUGGACAGUGCUAUCAGCAUGGAGCUGUGGCAGGAAGCUUUCAAAGCUGUGGAAGAUAUUCAUGGACUGUUCUCCUUGUCUAAAAAACCACCGAAACCUCAGUUGAUGGCAAAUUACUAUAACAAAGUCUCCACUGUGUUUUGGAAAUCUGGAAAUGCUCUUUUUCAUGCAUCCACACUCCAUCGUCUUUAUCACCUGUCUAGAGAAAUGAGGAAGAAUCUUACACAAGAGGAGAUGCAACGAAUGUCUACUAGAGUCUUGCUGGCCACCCUUUCCAUCCCCAUUACCCCUGAGCGCACGGAUAUCGCUCGUCUCCUGGAUAUGGAUGGUAUUAUCGUUGAAAAACAACGCCGCCUUGCAACGCUUCUGGGGCUUCAGGCCCCGCCAACACGAAUUGGCCUGAUUAAUGAUAUGGUCAGAUUCAAUGUCCUUCAGUACGUUGUCCCGGAAGUGAAAGAUCUUUACAAUUGGCUAGAAGUUGAAUUUAACCCACUAAAGCUCUGUGACAGAGUCACAAAGGUUCUAAAUUGGGUUAGGGAACAACCCGAAAAGGAACCAGAGUUACAACAGUAUGUCCCACAACUGCAAAACAAUACCAUACUACGCCUUCUGCAGCAGGUGGCACAAAUUUAUCAGAGCAUCGAGUUUGCUCGUUUGACUUCUCUGGUUCCUUUUGUUGAUGCUUUCCAACUGGAACGGGCCAUAGUAGAUGCAGCCAGGCACUGUGACCUUCAGGUUCGAAUUGACCACACAUCUCGGACCCUUAGCUUUGGAUCUGAUUUGAAUUAUGCGACUCGAGAAGAUGCUCCCCUUGGUCCUCAUUUGCAAAGCAUGCCUUCUGAACAGAUAAGAAAUCAGCUGACGGCCAUGUCCUCUGUACUCGCAAAAGCACUGGAAGUCAUUAAACCAGCUCAUAUUCUGCAAGAGAAAGAGGAACAGCAUCAGUUAGCUGUCACUGCAUACCUAAAAAAUUCACGAAAAGAGCAUCAACGUAUCCUGGCUCGCCGUCAAACAAUUGAGGAAAGGAAAGAACGGCUUGAGAGUCUAAAUAUCCAACGUGAGAAAGAAGAAUUGGAGCAGAGAGAAGCUGAACUCCAGAAAGUACGGAAGGCUGAAGAAGAGAGACUGCGACAGGAGGCAAAGGAACGCGAGAAGGAGCGUAUUUUACAGGAGCAUGAACAAAUCAAAAAGAAAACUGUUCGAGAACGUUUGGAACAGAUCAAGAAAACAGAACUGGGUGCCAAAGCGUUCAAAGAUAUUGAUAUUGAAGAUCUUGAAGAAUUGGAUCCAGAUUUCAUUAUGGCCAAACAGGUGGAGCAGCUGGAGAAAGAAAAGAAAGAGCUCCAAGAACGUCUAAAGAAUCAAGAAAAGAAGAUCGACUAUUUUGAAAGAGCUAAACGUUUGGAAGAAAUUCCCUUGAUAAAGAGUGCUUAUGAAGAGCAGAGAAUUAAAGACAUGGAUCUGUGGGAACAACAGGAAGAAGAAAGGAUAACUACCAUGCAGCUAGAACGCGAAAAGGCUCUUGAACAUAAGAACCGAAUGUCACGGAUGCUUGAAGACAGAGACUCGUUUGUGAUGCGACUCAAGGACGCACGGCAGUCUGUGUACGAGGAAAAACUCAAACAGUUUGAAGAGCGACUAGCAGAAGAAAGACAUAAUCGCCUGGAAGAACGUAAAAGGCAACGGAAAGAAGAACGCAGGGUGACUUAUUACAGAGAAAAAGAAGAAGAGGAGCAAAGGAGGGCUGAAGAACAAAUGCUCAAAGAGCGUGAAGAGAGAGAGCGUGCGGAGCGAGCAAAGCGCGAGGAAGAGAUGCGGGAGUAUCAGGAGCACGUCAAGAAAUUAGAAGAAGUAGAAAGGAAAAAACGCCAGAGAGAAUUGGAAAUCGAAGAGAGAGAACGUCGUCGAGAAGAAGAGCGAAGGCUUGGUGACGAUCCACUUUCUAGAAAGGAUUCUCGUUGGGGAGAGUCAGAGAGCACGUGGAGAAAAGGACCUGAAGUGGAAUCUGAGUGGAGACGGGGCCCACUAGAAAAGGAGAGGAGGCGGGAUGAGGACAGGCCUGUUGUUAGAAGAGAUGAAGAUAGAUCAAGGCGCUUGGGGGAUGAUGACGAGAGGGAGUCUUCUGUCAGAGCAGAGGAUGAGCGACUUCCUCGGCGAGGUAUGGAUGAAGAGCGAGGUCUCAGAAGGGGUCCUGAUGAAGACCGUUUCCCCCGCCGCGGGGCAGACGAUGAUCGACCUUCCUGGCGUAAUGCGGAUGAUGACAGGCCUCCCAGACGGUUCGGUGAUGAAGAUCGGGCAAGCUGGCGUCAUGCUGAAGAUGACCGACCGCUUAGACGAGGACUGGAGGAGGACAGAGGAACCUGGCGAGCUGCUGAUGAUGACAGAGGACCAAGACGUGGGCUGGAUGAAGACCGGAGUCUGCGGCGAGGAGGUCCUGAUGAUGAGCGAUCAUCCUGGCGCAAUGCUGAUGAUGACCGUGGUCCCAGGCGGGGCAUGGAUGAGGACCGGGGUCCCAGGCGGGGCAUGGAUGAGGACCGGGGUCCCAGGAGGGGCAUGGAUGAGGACCGGGGUCCCAGGAGGGGCAUGGAUGAGGACCGAGGACCUUGGAGGAAUGCCGAUGAUGAUAGAAUUCCCAGGCGCGGUGCAGACGAUGACAGGGGGCCUUGGCGAAACACAGAUGAUGAUCGGCUCUCGAGACGUGCUGAUGACGAUCGGACUCCCAGGCGGGGUGAGGACUCCAGACCUGGUCUCUGGAGACCAUUUGGGAAGCCAGGUGGAUGGAGGGAUCGAGAAAAAGCCCGAGAAAACAGUUGGGGUCCACGGCAAGAAUCAAGACCAUCAGAAGACUCUGAAUGGGAUAGAGAAAAAGAAAGGGACCGAGAUAAUCAAGGUCGGGACGAGAACGACAAGGAUCCUGAGCGCGAGAGAGACAGAGAGCGAGAUGGGGAUCGCGAGGACCGCUUCCGACGACCUAGGGAUGAGGGUGGCUGGAGAAAAGGACCAGCUGAGGAAUCUUCGAGCUGGAGAGAUUCGAGCCGCCGGGAUGACUGGGACGACCGGCGUCGUGAUCUGAGAGACAGGCGGGAUGACCGAGACAGGAGAGGCCCUCCCCUCAGAUCAGAGCGUGAAGAAGUCAGUUCUUGGAGGCGUGCUGAUGACAGGAAAGAGGACCGGGCAGAAGAACGGGAGACCCUCCGCCGUGUGCCUCCCCCAGCUCUUUCAAGAGACCGAGAGCGUGAUCGAGAACGCGAGAGUGAGAAAGAGAAGGCUGCAGGGAAAGCAGAGAAAGAGAAGGACUCUCUUCGUCGCGCUAAGAACGAGACCGAUGAAGAUGGCUGGACUACUGUGCGGCGUUAA